AGCCAUGUAGGCCCAGCCCAAUAGUAUAAAAUCGGAUAAAAACCAUUUUGAUGCUUCCGUAACCCUAAUUCUUCGAUUCUCAACACAGGGUAUUCGUUUCCGCACAAACACACAAUUUCUCUGAAAAUAUGGUCAGGGUUAGUGUUUUGAACGAUGCACUCAAGAGCAUGUACAAUGCUGAGAAACGUGGGAAGCGCCAAGUUAUGAUUAGGCCAUCCUCAAAAGUGAUUAUCAAAUUCCUUAUGGUCAUGCAAAAGCAUGGAUAUAUUGGAGAGUUCGAAUACGUUGAUGAUCACAGGUCUGGCAAAAUUGUCGUCGAAUUGAAUGGAAGAUUGAAUAAGUGUGGUGUUAUUAGUCCUCGUUUCGAUGUCGGUGUCAAAGAGAUUGAAGGAUGGACUGCUAGGCUUCUUCCCUCAAGACAGUUUGGGUAUAUUGUCUUGACUACCUCUGCUGGUAUCAUGGAUCAUGAAGAGGCUAGGAGAAAGAAUGUUGGUGGUAAAGUGUUGGGUUUUUUCUAUUAGGUAUGAAGAUUGCAUCCAAUUUCAGAUUUUGAGAAGUUUUAGUAUUUGUGAUCGAAUUCAGUUUUUUUACAUGGAUAUUGUAAUUUGGAUUACUUAGGAUUGUAAGCUUUUAAUUUGCACUUUUGUGCUUUUGUGCUAAAUUGAAUUUUGGGUAAACUAUUGUGCUCUUGGUCCCUAGCUUAUGUGUUUCAAAAUUGUUGAUUUUUUAAUGAAUCCAAAUUAUUGUUUCGUUAA